CCUCACUAAUUUGGUGUAUGGUUAAUCUAUGGUUUAUGCUCUAUGCCGAUUGCACAAGAUUGCCGAUUCUUAUACUGUAUAUACCCAACUUAGCAAAAAUGUUUGUGUCGAGGCUAUCUAUGUCUAUAGCCGCUCGCACCACAUUCAAACUGAGACCAAGAGAACAGACAAUUUUUGAAAGACUUUCUUCUUCUUCAGCCAAGUCCCAACAAGAACCCCCAAGAAUAGAGAAAACUAUUAAUAACGUUCAGCUCUUAGGGAGAGUAGGCGCUGAUCCACAAAGAAAGGGUACAGAUGAUCACCCUAUUGCAGUAUUUUCUUUAGCAACCCAUUCAAAUUACAGAUACGAAUCUGGAGAAUUCUUGCAACGAACCGAAUGGCACAGAGUUGUAUGUUUUAAACCAGGGCUUCGCGAAACAAUACUUACUUAUUUAAGAAAGGGCCAACGAGUGCAGGUUUUUGGUAGAAUAACUUAUGGUGAAAUAAAAGGUGAAGAUGGCAAACCUAGAAGUACUACAGCUAUUGCAGUAGAUGACGUAAUAUUUUUUCAAACUCAGCAAUGAUGUUUUUAGAAUAGGUAAUGAUGAUUAUGCCCACUUUUUUUAUUAAAUAUUUGAAUAUCA